UGAAAACAUUCGCGCAUUGAUAAAACAAGUGUUGUGAAUAAAAAUACGUCUUGGUUCAGCCGACCGCAAGCUCGAUGGAAUAUGACUUCAGGAAAAUCGAGAAACUCUGCUCACUGACCGCUUAGAACAAUUAACGAUGGAGCAAUGCAAUAACGAUCGUCCUUGUGUUAUUAGUAGUGGAAACUUUUUUCCCCAGAAUUCCAAAUCGAAACAACAGCAACAUCAGCAGCAGCAGCAGCAACAUCAGCAGCACCAGCAGCAGCAGCAGCAACAACAACAGCAGCAGCUGCAGCAGCUACAUCAACAGCACACGCAGGCAAUCAGUAAACAUCUAACGCAAAAGGAUGACAGUCACAUGCACAGCCCGCACCAAGAUCAGUCAUCGCUCGGCGAGAUCGAGGUGAUUCUGGUGCAGCAGCACAAACAGGACGCGUUGUCUGUGAUCAUCCAUCCGCAGGAGAGUUUGCAGCAAAUCAACAUGUGCCUGGGCAGCCAGAACCCGGGCUCGGUCGACUCGAUGAUGUCGUCCGACUUUCAAACGCUCUCGCCAAUGCACGAUCGCGAUUCGCCGGUCAGCCUCAACACAAACACCUCGUACGCGACGCUGACGCCACUGCAGCCACUGCCCCCGAUCUCGACGAUGUCCGACAAGUUCGCCUACUCGAUCGGUGGCAACAUCUGCGAGGCGUUUCCCGGCAUCAACAGCGGCUCGGUCGGCGUGAACAUCGAGAUCAACUCGUGCUACAACCUGGAGAAGCUGGGUGUGAUCCACUCGCCCGUGCACAUCAACUCGGUGCAGGAGCUGUCGCCGAGCAACGACGUGCACCAGGAGCUGCACGACAAAAGCCAUCACGUUCUGAAGGAUGCCAAGUUGCCCGAUCAUCUCACCGAUAAGGACGACGAUGAGCGGAAAAGCGAGUGUAUUCUAGUCCGUGCCUCGCCGCUGCCCGCCAACCUCGGUGCGGUGGACGACCGAUUCCUCAGCUCGGCGGCCUCCGUCGCGUCUGUUGUGGGCAAAUCCGAGCUGGUGCGACAUGCGAAGGACGACACCGAGCAGUAUCCGAGCCCCGUACAACAGUAUCUCGAGCAGCAACCGAACGGAACUGACGUGGUACUGCACGGGGGCAACAGCAUCGGGGUCGGUGGUGGCAGUGGUAGCAACGGAACUGGUCCGGGUGGCGGAGGCGGCGACGGUGGAGGGAGCGGCGGGGGUACCGGCCACAAGGAUCAUCAUCAUGUGUUUCUUAGCAGCAAGUCUUUCAGUUCAAAAACCAACAUAAGCGACCUUAAUCUGUGUAAAGAGAUUGUUAUUGACGACGUGUACGAUGAGUCGGACCUGGAACACGUCAAGAUGGAGGAGAAGAAGGUAGAGGAAUCGUGCAAUCAACAGCUAACGAACGGGGUUGGCAGUGGUGCCGGUGGUAGCAUCGGCAAGGGCAGCGCGGGCGGGUGCGUGGCACUUGGAGAUGUAGGAUGUAUAAACGGUGACAUCGAGGAGAUCAACACCAAAGAGCUGGCUCACCGGAUCAGCUCUGAGCUGAAGCGUUACAGCAUUCCACAGGCAAUCUUCGCGCAACGGGUGCUCUGUCGGUCGCAAGGCACGCUUUCCGACCUGCUGCGGAACCCGAAACCGUGGUCAAAGCUAAAGUCCGGCCGUGAAACGUUCCGUCGGAUGUACAAAUGGAUACAGGAACCGGAAUAUCAGAGAAUGUCUGCACUUAGGCUAGCAGCUACUCAAUCGGCGAAACCAGUUAACUCUAAGAAACCAGAGGAACCCGAAACUCACGUCAUGAUGGGGCACACGAAAAAACCUCGACUAGUGUUUACAGAUCUGCAGAGAAGGACCCUUCAGGCAAUUUUCAAAGAAACUAAGCGGCCUUCCAAGGAGAUGCAAGUAACUAUCGCUCGACAGCUGGGAUUGGAACCGACAACGGUCGGUAACUUCUUCAUGAACGCGCGGAGGCGAUCGAUGGAUAAAUGGAAAGACGAAUCCUCGAUGAAGGGCCGAAGCAGUAGUGACAAUGUUAUACUAGAGCACCUGAAGGACGACUCGUCCGACGAGAAUCUGGGCUACGAUAGUGCGUUUGGCUCUGGCGAAGGCCCGCUGGAACACAACUAUCAGCAACACGUUCUCAACUAAGCAAAAAAACCUAAAUCAAUUCCCUUAUUUAAAUUAUUAAACUAACUAGAGAAAAAAAAACAAGAACAACAAAAACAAACAAACAAACAAACUAAAGCAAAGACAAACAAACAAAGUCACGACUAAAAUGUAGAGGAGCAACGACCCCCUCGAGUAUUUUUUGCCGUUGAAGAAAAAACCCAUAACUUGAAAGGAAAGGUAUGAGGAAAAAAAUGAAACAAAAAAACAAACGGAACACGCGAUAGCAAAACAAAUGUGGAAUGUUUAGAAAGGAAAUCAGUGCUAGAUAAAGCAAAUCAAACAAGAAGAUAAAAUAAAAACAAGCAGCUAUCUCAUACACACACACACACACACCAGCAUUCUCACGCAUACACAACAACAGUACACUUUAAGCUAGAAGUAAUUGCAAAAGAAAACAGCAACAUUACGUAGGAUUAUUGAAUAUAAUUGGAACAACAAGAAAUUAUAUGUAAGGAGCAAAAUCUGAGGAAUGCGUGAGGAAACCCCGGCAGGAUCCGUUAUGAUUUUCCUCCAAAUCGAACUGAGCAACAAAAAAAAAAUGGAAAUGGAAAAGAAGAGAAAAGGCAAACGGGGUACACUAUACAAACGGAAAAUUCGACAGCAAAAAACAGCGGAACCGUAACUGUGUGCUGGUGGCAGACAAAGAAAAUGCUUGUGAGAUAACAUUGUUUGAUGUUUUUCUGUUUUCUGUUUAGUUUAGUUAUUUUUUAUUUUUCGUUCUGUUUGUUGUAGUGUAGUGGGGAGCGGGCGCCUCCCCGGGCGCAAUCGAUUUAAGAUUGAAAAGUUAAGAUUGGCGAGAUUCUGGCAGGGCUCCCGAUGAUGAUGAUGACACCGGGGUUUCCGCGGUGUGCACACUUCUUGCUGUAAUAGUUGAAACGCGUAUCGCCUACCACAAGUAGCACACAAGAGUUUUUGAUUGACUUCGGUUUCGAUCGGAAACACGGUACAUUCCUCUCUCUAGUGAUGAUGCACACGCUCUUCAUUACGUUUACAUAGCGACAAUAUAUUGUUGGCUUGUUUCUUUUACGCCCCAGCCCUUCCGGACGGGGUGAGUGGUAAAGUGCGGUGUGCUUGCCGGAAAAGGGGACGCUGGGGUCUCGCAGCCUGGAGGUACUGCAACAGGUACAGGUACAUUGCGAGUUCAAAAUCGUAACCGAAAUAACCUAGCUACCCAGCUACCUACCCGCAAGCAAGCCGGUCUGCAAUAUGUGUGUAACAACUCAGUAACUAGUAGCGGGCGAGUAGUAGUGCUAGCGGCAGGGGGGCAGGCGGGGCAAACCCAAGGCCCGGGCAGCAAGCA